AUGAUCGUCGACUUCGCCAUGCUUCCACUGCCCAGUUCGACGCCCGAAUCGAAUGAAAUGGCCCCUUCGUUGAGGUACUACUUUAGUACUUACGGGAGGGUGACUCAGACUGCUAUUGUAAUAACUUUCGUUUUUCAACGCAACAUGGCUCCUACGACUCCGAGUGCUGCCGCUGCAUCCCAAUCUAUAGUCCUUGAAGAACUGAAUGAGUUAUUCUCUUGGAAUCCCCCUCGCCUUGAAAUCCGCAAGGGUAGCGGGAAGCUAUCCACCACCACCCGCAAACCCAGCUUUUUCGAUCUUCACUUUUCUACCAAGCUCGCUCUUAAGCGGGUAGUACACCUUCCAUCGCUCGUCAAAGAUCUAGAAAAAACUGUUGACUCAGCGCUUGUUGCUGCAAAACAUACUCUUCCCGCACUCUCUCAACACUUCUGGACAGCCGAACGCAGAAGGGAGGGUCUUGAAUUAGUAGACGACCAUUUGAGAGAUGAGAGAGGAGUUUUCUCGUUUUACUCUCGCACCACUGGCUUAUUUUGCCCCGUUGUGGCUUCGACCCUCGCAUUGCACCCCACGGCUCCGAGCUGGAGACCCAUUAUUACUUGGUCCGACUCUGUAUCCAGCUCCAAGUACGCCAUCUGGGACGCUGAACUUGCUUUCUUUGCCGCCGUUUCUAAUACAGAGGUCGGGAAGGGUCGGGAGGUGAUUGUCAAUACAAUUGAGAUCCGCCGUCGGGAAAUUCUGAAGGCGAUGCGUGAUAAGGAGGAACCCUUGAUGACUUACAUAUUCAAAAGUCUAAGUGCAGGUCCCGCCAUGACCGCGAUUCCUAAACUGGGCUUUUUCGCAUGGAAGUAUUGCGCGUCACCCGAACAUCCCUGCAACGACUCUGAACACAAGAAAUUGAGGACUGAGGUUGCGUCUAUAGUUUCAGAGGAAACAGGUCAAAUCCCACCAACUACACCAGCAUCAUUAUUUCUUCCACAAGAGAAGCCUGGGACUUCUUCGGUACAAGAGCCAGCUGGUGUCAAGAAACGAAAAAGAAAUCAGGUCUCCGAUACGAGCGAGAAACGUAAAGAGAAAAGCCGCCAAACAACGAAUGUCGAAGCUCCAGACCACCAUAAUGCUUGGGUGCACGCUACAAAGCUGGACACAUCCCUCAUUGUUCUUCAUUCGGGUAACCACGAGCUCAUAUGUGUUCGACAUCGGAAAUCACAAACUCUCUUUGUCUCCGAUGUAGUCGAACCCCACAACUGCAUUAAUCCUGGUUAUGGUAAAUUGCAUGUCGCUCUUUGUAUCGCUUCGAUCGAGGACACGUUCGAUAGGAAGGGGCAAAAAGGUGCACCUGCUGAAAGUGGCGGUGAGGGUUCCGGAGGUGGUAGUGGAGGUGGAGGCUCCGGAUCAGUUGUCCUCACCUCAGAAAUUGGCCAAGGGGCCACGGGUGUAGCACUCCGCGGCACUUUGACGCCAGAAAACAUGGAAGGAGCUGGUGCACUGGAUGUCGUCGUGAAGCUUGCAUUUGACGAUGGACAGCGGGAUUCCCUCAAGAAAGAGUACAAACUUUAUCUGCACCUCAGGUCUGAAGGAGUUCAACGGGGGAUAACUCCAAUUAUUGGUUUCUUUGAUGACGACACCGAUGGUUCUGCUUACAAUGUUCUCAUUGGUGACUUGGGAGUCACCAUCAUUGACUUUGGGAAUUCAAGGCAGUGCAGUAGCAAAACGGCCAAGGGCAAAGAAUAUGCAUGUCUACAAUCUAUCCUUCAAGGCUUGGCAGUACAGUCCUGCAAACUCUCUUACUCAUCACUCACUCUCGCAACGUUUAACGGCGAUCUCGACUUCGUCAUCUUCUCUCGCCCCUCCUGCGUGACUGGAGCUGGCAGCCCCUGUCUUAGGCAACCCCGCCAAGGUCUGGUCAACAUCGUCAAGGCGCGGAGUCAAGAGCCGGCGGCUUUCGCUGGCGCUCCUGCUCCUUCUGCCAGCGCUCCUACAGCUUCUGUGGUUUCCCUUUCCUUCUGCUACACCUCAGCUGAACCCUCUGCCUCUUCUGCUAUAUAUAGUCUAUUGCAGCUGCAGAUUUUGACGGCAACUCGACGGGAGGUCGGGGUACUCGACAUCGACCUCUACCUCAUCCUCAGCUUCGCUUGCAGCGCAUUCCGCUCUGUGUCUGCCGCAGCCAGAGAUAUCGGUGCCGCUUCAAAGUCCUCCAUUGCAUCCGCCUCCGAACUCUCCGCGACUCCCCAAGCCUCCCCUGAGAUACCCAAUGCACCCCCUCCUAUCCCCGAGACCAGAUACACCGUUUUUUCCACCAGUUCACGCAUCUUUGCCAUGUUCCACAUGACUCAAAUCUGCUCACGUUUGCGACUGAUGCCCCGACCGAGACCCCUCACGAAUCUUACGUCCGCUUUACCUGACGAGCAGCAAGCGCUAACACCUCGAACACCCCAUUCACGGACAGCUCGAGCAGAAGGGGGCUUUGCGAAGCUCCAAGUCAUAGAGUCUAUUGACGAUCAAGAGUUAGACGACAUCCAACUCAACCAGAUCCAACAACAAUCAGCACCCUUGCUUGCAUCCUCAUCCUCCGACAGAUUCGCACCCCGAGGUCAACAUGCGAGAAACGGCAAACGCACUGUGCCCCAACCUCCACCUCAGUUCUCUCCGAUUUCGCGUCUUAUGCUCACCCUCGGGGUUUUCCUCGCUGCCAUCCUCCUCGUUCUCAUCUUCUUUUCUCUCACACGGCCCGAGGCGCUUCAUAGAUAUAUCGGAGCCAAGAUACCACAGACCCCCUUAGCACCGGCUGCCUCGCAAGAGAAAGUGAACGUGGCUCAAGGGAAGCCACACCCCAAUGCAGAUCCCCAUCUCAUUUCCUACGAGAACUAUACCCACUUCCCUCUGCACGCAUUGGAGUAUCGAAAGGAGUGUGAAAAGUUGAAUCAGGGAUACAUGGCGCAUGGCAAUUAUUGGGACGCGAGGACGAUGGGGCCAAGCGACGUCGAACACAAAGAAGCUAAGGAUGUUUGUGCAUCUACGAUCACUUAUAUGAUGGAUGGCGAUGUAGGUCUCUUUGCGGACCUCGCAUUGCUUGCACAGGCAGCAGCGUUGGCUAGAGAUCGAAACCGGACGUUCUUUGUGGACGACACGAAUUGGAAUCGUGGAAAGUGGACAGAUCACUUUGAGGACGUUCGUUCCCAUCAACCUGGACCAGAGCCAGGUUGUAAGCCUCCACCUCCUGAGGAAUUGGUUGCUUGUCCCCGAACUGCAAGGCACUGGGUGAUUAACUUCCGAACGGCAAAAUUUCAUUUUAGCCAUGGCUUUUCAAAUUAUUACGAGGAUGCAUAUGCGCAUAAUCUCAACCGACUUCAGCCAAUAUUCAAAUUUGCAGUAGACUCAUUCCAAACAACGAUUCGCCCCGGCACCCACAAUAAUGAAUUAAUCCACCUGGCUCGCAGUGAACUUUCUACAUUCAUGGGGUCUCAGCAUCAUGCAACUUCCUAUGUGGCUAUCCACGUUCGACGGGGAGACCGCAAACCAGCUUCUUACGAGUAUCAUGGUUAUAUACCAACACAGGAAUUCGCCCAAGCCGCCAACCAUAACUGGCGACGACUACAUCCUGAUGCUGAUGGCUUGCCCUCCAAGCCAAUAGUCUACGUUGCCUCCGACUCACCCUCUGCUUUGGGCGAAUUCCUGGAAGACUUCGAUGGACAAACAUUCUCCCUUUUCGAGUCCGAGAUACCUUCAUUGAGGGACGUUGCAAGCCCAGGCGAUUAUUACCAGCAAAAGUUUAGUAAACUCUCGGAGGAUGAAAGGGUCACGGCAACCAGAGGAAUGAUCGUCGACUUUGCCAUGCUUAGCGGAAUGUGGGCUGGAAAAGAUGAUAUUCUUCCAGUCGCUGCAUUGUGUUCUAUUAGCUCCAAUGUCUGUCGGCUUACGGCCGUUGGGUUGGGGUGGGAGCGAGCCUUUGGUCUCGUCGACCAAAUGGGCUACGCUGAUGAAACAAAUCGGAGAUGGGUCGAUGUAGACCAAAAAGGUCGAAUUAUACCCAUCUGGGAACCCUUUGAACUGUUCUGACAUCGUGGAAUGUUGUUAACGCGGCUGAGCAGCUAUAUGCAUGUUAUACAAACUUGUGUUGAGAUUGGG